UCCAAGGGUGGGGCUGGGAGAUCCGAGCUCAGGAGCGCGGACCCGCCCUGGUCACAGGGUGGUCCCUCCACUGCGCGGCGAUUUGCCGGCAGGGAGGGCGCGGCCGGAGCUCCGCCUGGGUUGUGGUUCCUGGAGAAGGACGGGGGGAGGGCCCUAGCGGGGGUGAGGAUCUGUGGGCGUCUGUGGCCCCCGUUCCAGGCGGGAGUGGAGCCUCGGGCGAGUUCCGGGCGGUGCUGGGUGCCGGCCACCUCCAGACCAGCGCGGCCCCGCUGCGGUCCAGCUCAUCGGGUGUGACCAGCCGCCUCCCCUCCCCUCCUGUUCCUCCACAUUCUUCUCUCUGUUCCUCCUUCCCUCUGUCCCUCCCUUCUUUCUUUCUGCAUUUCUUGCAUUCUUUUUCUUUUUCUUGUUUUUCUUUAACAUCUUUCAUCUGUUCUUACUCAUGGACUCCUGUCUCUGUUUCGCUGUGCUUAAUCGCUCAGUCGUGCCUGACUCCUUGAGACCCCAUCGGCUGUGUGUAGCCCGCCAGGCUCCUUCGUCCAUUAGAUCCAGGUGAAAUCCAGGCAGGAAUACUGGAGUGGGGUGCGGUGCCCUCCUCCAGGGAUCUUGGGGAUCAUCCCAACUGAGGCCUCCGCUGUUGCAGGCGGAUUCUUUACCAGCUGAGCUACCAGUGGGGCCCUCUCUCUCGCGUGAAAGAAAGAGUUUCCUUCCCGUUUGGGCUCCGCAGCAGCCACAGAAUGGAUUCCACACUCCCCCUAUACGCCAGCUCCCUGGCUCCUGCUCCCACUAACUCUGCUGAGGGAUUUGAGGUCCAAACUGCCCUCUGCAGCCCGCUCCCCAGGGCAGCCCGGGGUGCUGCCUUCCUGUCCUCCUCCAUCCUCCCCAGGUCCCUGGUCCCUCUCUCAUGUCUGGUUCUCCCAGGACAUCCAGAUUGUCGGGUCCCAGUCUCUUGGCUUUUCCUCUCACUACCUCCAAACAUUGGAAAUUCCCAGAACGAGGUGGAUUUCCCCACCCCCACCCCCCCUUAGGCCUCCACUUUUUCUUUCUAAUUUCACCCAUUUACCUAGAGGUUCCUGGAAUGAGGUGCAGACUGAGGGCUGUCAGUCUUUUGCUCUAGAGCUUUUAGUCAUCGCAAGCCCCCUCUCUAUGUUGACAAACACCCCUGGGCUGUCUUUGUCACAGGAUCCCUUGAAAUGGUAUGUUCCACUCAUCUCAAAUGGAAUGUAGCACCUUCCCCAUUCCAAGCUGAUUCAUACACCUUCCUGUGGUUGGUGUCCCACCCUUCGGGUGGAUUAGCUAAGAGCCUCAGCAUGGGACUCUGUCCUCCUUGUCCUCGGGUGACCAGCCCCCCAGCCUGGAAGUUCUGUCUUCCACUCUCUAGUGCAGACCUUUCCGCUGUGUUUGGGAGGUGCUGGUCAGUAGCAGGGAUCCCCAGUUUUUUUCUACACCAAACCAUGAGCCCCAAUAUUUUUCUAAAACUCAUAUAAAACAUUUGUUUGAGAACAGUACCUGGCUUCCUAGAUCAUAGCUCAUGUUCCAAACUCUCAAUCUGGUAUGUGGGCCACCUCUUUCUGGUCUCAUGCCCCGUGUCUCUCAUAGGAAACUGAGCUCACGUGCUUCCUGGGCCCCAUGCGGACCCGGCCCUUCCUCUCCAUCCUGUGCACCUGCUGGCCCUGACACUCUGCCUUCCAGAGCUCCUGCCCAGUCUUUGAGAACCAGCUUACUGCUCCCCUUCUCCUGGGCUUCUGCAGACAAUUCUUUCUGCUUUACUGUUGGCGUCCUUAGCACUUUGUUGUUUAUCCUGGUAUAGAGUGCAAAGCUGGCUUGAAACUGAACAUUUAUGCCUGCGUAUCUCCCCAAGGGUGGGAGCUCCCCGUCAGGAAUUAUGGCCUAUGUUUUUUACCUUGUUUUUUUUUUUUUUCUCCAGAAUCUUACAAGGAAAGUUCAACAUAAAUGAUCUUUGAACAAAUUCCCUUUCGGAUGUAUGUAUGUGUUAGAGGUAGAGGGUGGAGCAGGGAGGUGGCCGGCAUUCAGGGCCCCAGGAGAAAAAGAUGCUGAAUACAGUCUGUCCUCCAUUCAUUCAGAGGUUCCACUUCUGCAGAACCCACAAGAGACUGCAAAUAAAAAUCUUAAGAUGACCAAUUGCCUAAAACCUCCACUGAUGAAUGCUCUCUGUGAAGCAAACGGCACUUUUGCCAUCAACUUAUUAAAAAUGUUGGCUGAAGAGGACCACUCGCGACACGUGUUCUUCUCUCUGCUGAGCCUCUCCUUUGUCCUGACCAUGGUCUUAAUGGGGGCUGAGGGGAACACGGUGGCCCAGAUGUCCCAGGCACUUUGUCUGAAUGAAGGUGGAGAUGUCCACCAAGGUUUGCAGUCAUUCCUCAGGGAAGUGAGCACGCCCGGCCCACAGAGCCUGCUCACAACUGCCAACAGACUCUUUGGGGAAAAGACGUGUGAUUUCCUGCCAAAGCUAAAAUGUUUGAGGACAGGAGAUGGGCAAAGGAUGGGAGCCAAUUGCCAGGCACAUGAUAUCAGAAAACAAGUUUUCAUGAGGAAUCCUGCCAGAAGUUCUAUCAGGCUGACCUGGAGGUCCUUUGCUGAAGACACCAAAGAAUGCAGGAAACACAUAGACGACUGGAUGAUGGAGAAGACGGAAGGUAAGAUAUGAGAUACUGGGGGCUGAGACAGUCUGUCCUCUGAUUAAGCUCAUCCUGGUGAAUGCCAUCUAUUUCAAAGGCAAGUAGAAUGAUCAAUUUGACAGAAAGCACAGAAGGGGAAUGCCCUUUAAGACUAACCAGGAUGUAGAUCAUGGGAUUCAACAAAGGAAUGACUAUUGUGUAGAAGACAGAGGCCAUUUGUCUGUGUCAAGGGAAUGGUUUGAUUUGGGCUGCAGAUACAUGAAGAUCAGAGCCCCGUAGAAUAUAGCAACAGCAGUCAGAUGAGAACCACAGGAUGAGAAUUCUUUUCGCCUCCCUUCUACAGAUUGGAUUCUCAGGAUGGCAGCCACAAUGUAUAGGUAAGAAAUGAGGACUGUGGUCAAAGAGCUGAUUAUGUUGAAUCCAGCAAAGAUAAAAAUCAAGAUCUCUUUGAGACUGGUGUCUGAGCAGGCAAGGGCCAUCAAAGGGACAUCAUCACAAUAGAAUUGAUUAAUAUCACUGGGGCCCUAGCAGAUCAGUUGAAAAGUAACAGCUGUGUGGAGGAAAGCAACAGAAAAGCUGUAUCAGUAAGGGCCUGCUACCAGUUGCAUGCACACCUUUUGGGACAUGAUCACCAUGUAGAGAAGAGGAUUGCAGAUGGCCACAUAGCGGUCAUAAGCCAUGACUGCAAGAAGGAACGUCUCCAAAAUCAGGAAGUUCAGGAAAAAGCCCAGCUGUGCACACAUGCAUAGUGAGAUAUGGACCUAUGCUUGGUUAGGAGGAUCUCCAGGAACUUUGGGGCUAUUGAUGAGGAGUAACAAAAGUCUACAAAGGCCAGACUACUGAGAAAAAAAGUACAUGGGUGUCUGAAGGUGAGGAUCCAACUGGAUUAAGGAAAUCAUGCCAACGUUUCCCACCAGAGUUAGAGAAUAUACCACUAAAAUGAGAAGAAAGAGGAGGAUUUCAGUCUCUCUCUGGACUGGAAAACCCAAAAGAAUGAGUUCCAUCACCUGGUAAUAUUCUCUUCAAUCAUUUGUUCUAGUCUCUGAAGUGCUGAAAAGAGACAAGUUAAAGACAGAUAAGUUAUCAGGAGUAAGGAAUUGUCAUCAGAUGCCAAAACUGAUGUUUUGUGUGUGAUGUAUGUGUUUUAACUUGAGACAUUAUUGCUUAUUGAAGCAGAAUAAGUGAAGUCGCUGAGUCGUGUCCGACCCUUUGCGACCCCAUGGACUGUAGCCUACCAGGCUGGUCCAUCCAUGGAAUUUUCCAGGCAAGAGUACUGGAGUGGGUUGCCAUUUCCUUCUCCAGGGGAUCUUCCUGACCCAAGGACUGAACCCAUGUCACCCGCAUUGCAGGCAGACGCUUUACCAUCUGAGCCACCAGGGAAGUUCCCCAGAAGUCCUGAAGCAGAAUAUCAGAACAAAUACAUAUAUCCCCUCUCAAACUCUCCUGUCUGACUAUUUAUAAUUUUCUGAAGCGAAAAAUUGAGGUUUAAUAAAAAUAAUGUUUAUAAAUAUAUGUAAUAUUUUAGGUUUAGAUUAUUUUUAGUCAUAUUAAAUAAUAGAGUAAAGACAUUUUAAAAU